AUGGUUACUGGUUUGAGGUUUUUCAGCGGCCGCCAUAUCCUCGCUCUUACAGCCGCUGUGCCGUGCUGUCUAUUUGCCAAACACGUAUGGGAUAUUUACGCCCGUAUUCGCCCAGUGGAAAAGCGCCGUAUCGCCGUUGUAGGCGGAAUCUCGAAUAAAUUCAAGGAGUCUCGUACUCUCAAGGGAUUAGGAAAUCCGAGAGACCAUGUUAUUGUUGGAGACGCAUAUCUUAUGGACUUGUCCCUCCCACAAAACAUUGCUGCGGAAGACGCGACAGACGAGGUAUUGUUGGCAGCUUUUGUAAGGGGAUAUUUUGCGGGCAAAGUCUUUGCAAUCGAAAGAAACUUGCUGCAAAUUGCGCGAGUAAAACUUGUGUCCUAUUCUGGCCUAGCCACCACUAAGACACCAGUGUGGGAAUCAUCGGAGCUAUUACCAACCUCUCUCCCAUCGACGCACUCUAUACUUUUCGGUGCAUUCCAGGUCAGCCAUAUCGAAUUGCAAGACUCUAGUGAUCUUGGUCGAGUGCACGAGCAAGGGGAAAGUAGUAUCGAUUUUGUGUUUGGCGCCGACGAUACUCGUUUUGCAGGCGCUCAUAGGUUUAGCGUCGCCCGAAAUCAAGAGCGCACCGGAGACGUCAGAAUUCUUUAUGAGCAUAUGGCGUGCAACCCAACCACCAACCAACCUGUCAAGCCGGAUUUCUUGUUUUGCUUUCACAACUUUUACGCCAUGCUGUUAUUCCGGGAGGGGCUGGCUGAGGUGAUGCAAGUUUUGGAAAGAGGCCCACAAAGGCAACGAACGUAA